ACGUAGGGGGAGCGCGAGAGAGAGAGAGAUAGCGAGAGACUCGGCGGCGGCGUCAAAACAAAACAACGCGGUACCGAAGUGUCGAGCGGGAAAGGAGGAGUUCGGGUCGCAGGUAAACAGGAGCGGAGGGGAGAGGAACCGCGCGAGAGAGCGGGAGUCAGGGUCCGGGUUAGCAAUGGUCGCGGGGACACACACACACAGCCUGAUUUACAAGUGGUGGAUUUCAAGUUGCAUUGUCCAUCAUGUUAACAACACGCUUUUAUGGCUCAUCGGCUCCCUCAGGCGGACAGUUCUUUCAAUCACCCCCACUGGACAUCUGUGGGAAGACUGCACCAAGUGCCCAGAAUGAAUUGUGCUGGAAGGUGGACUGUUUUGUACCAGAUGCUUGUGAUCCCAAUGCACAUCUGAAUAGAAGGUAUCCCAGGCAGGGCGAUGGAAUAAUUGAAAGUAUGGAUACGAGCAUGGAGCACUACGGAUAUAACCCAGUGGUGAAUGGAAUUCGAGCUUCUGCUGGACACUAUGAAUUUACUAAGCAGCAAAGGUAUGAACUUCGUUCCCGAAGGAAGCACAAGCGGGAAAAGGAGGAUGAAGGUGCUCCUGCUCGGAAGAAACGCCUAACUGAGAAGAUGCUGAAUUGUCGUGUGGAGCCAGUAAAUGUUUUGCGUAACUCUUGGCCACAUCCUCCCUGCUGCCAGGAAAGUGGACUCAAUGCCAACUCCUGGCAGGUUCGACAUACCCCACAGGAGCCGAGAGUAAUUGAGAAGGAAUCUGUAAGCAUGGAAGUGAAGAUAGACACAAAGCAAGAGGAGCUUGAUGGACUCCAGAAGCUGCGGGAGAUUGAAGAUAGGCUCACUGGGGAGGAUGAUCCAGACGUUGAUGGCAAUGAGAUUUCAGAGACGCCCAUCCUGGUCUUGUCCGACUCCCUGCGGGAAGAAUUGAAUCGUGGCCUGGAAGAAGUUUUACCUCGGAAAAUCAUCGAAUCCCUCAAUCGCCCGUGUAUGGAGCUGGUUCUGUGGAAACCGCGAGAUGAGCAUUUUUCAGAGAAGCUGGAAACGGAGCGGAAAAAACAGAGGCAUGUUCAGUGUGAUCCUAGUUUGUACAGGACGAGCACAAGACUGGAUUCACCCUUGAUGUCCAGCAAUCUGAAUCUCAGCAACACACCCGAAGAAGACAUGGAGCUUUAGAAAGUCCUUCCAGUGCAGCUUUGUGGAGGAAAAAGCAACUUUGCUUCUCGGAAGAGUGUCAAACCUGUGUUUUGACUUUUCUGUUAAAACAACAUUUUGGAAUUCCUGUCCGUGUUCAUGCUUAAGUCAAAUUACUGUUUUAGUGGCAUAGCUUUUUGGGGGUUUGUUUUUGGUCCGUCCUGUUGUAGGAAAUGUUGCAGUCAGUUACAGUCUGUUCUGGACGAGCCACAUAGCCUAUCCAGUCACUGCUUUUUUUGCAAAACAUACCUUUUCUAAGCAAUUUGUAUGAAGGUGGGAGCAUUGGAGAGUUUUGUAAUCUGUGCAUGGGAUGGUAUAAUAACAACAGCACAUUACAUUUAUAUGCGCCUUUCACGUCGGAAGGACAUCCCGAGGCGCUGACAUUCAAACUACACCCAGGUAUGGUUUGAUGGUUUGGAUGCUUUACUGAUGUUGGAUAAAAACAUUUUGCCAGGUAAUGAACACAAGAUGCAGAAUUGGUUUCUCAUGCUGAGAAAAUUGUUUUUUUAAAAAAAGGUUUUCACACAAAAAUGAGUAAAAUAGAAGUGAAAAGGUAAACAUCUGCAUCCAUAAGCAUAAUCUUAACCUGAUUACAAUAUAUACGUUAUUUACAUCAUUUCUGGUCCUUGAAAGCCAGAAUAGUUAUGUUUGUCAACGGUGGUGAGUAGAGGAAUCUGAAUGUUACUGAAGACAACAACAACUUGCAUUGAUAUAACACCCCUCAUGCAGGGUAGUGUCCCAGAGUGCCCUGUGAAUUGCUCCUUGAACACAGAAAAACAAUCUUGAUGGGGAUGUAUGUGAGUUCAGACUGGAGCAGUUUGCUAAUGGUCCAAAUGGGGCCUUGGUUUACUAUAUAUUGUCAGAUAAAUGGGACACUUUGCUUUUUUAGUUCCUAUUGCUAUACUUGUUUUUGGUUAGUCGGGUGUCUGAUACAAGGUGUCUUGAUGGCCGAUCAACAAGAUUGAUUUUUAAAAGUGUGUAUGGGUAACGAAUUUGCUCCAUGUCAAGAGGAAGUCCAAUUAAACUAACCUGACAACUUGAUA